UCGCAUACGUCACUUUCAUUUGCAGCUUUGUUUGUUUUCCUAAUAAUUUCUGUAGCAGGAAAAAAUUAUUUUUACUGCUUUAUUUCAGCAACGCCGCUGUUUGAAAAGGAGCCCCACCAUGAUUUGUAGGGGAGUGGUUGAUUAUGCGAACUGACUCUAUUUUUCUAGCAUUGCUUCCAGGCACUAGUACGUCUGAAGUAUGCUCAUUACACUUGUUCGCCUUCAAAAAGCGCCUGCUGUACCUAAGUUUUUCAAAGAAGCUCCUACACUUGAUCACUUCCUUGUUAGGGCCCAGGUGAUCUCAUUAUAUAGACAAAUUGUACGAUGUACAAAGGGUAUGGAUAAAACUCAAGCAAAAGAACUACUACAGUGGGCAAGGGCAGAUUUUGAACGACACCGAUUUGAGAAAGACAUUGAAAACAUUCGGUCUUUAAUCACAUCAGGGAAACAUCAAAUGCACUCCUUACAAAGUUCUGUAAUGUUGGCUCAAGUGUCGAAACAUUAAAGUACUUCAGCUGGUCAUUUUGUAAAUACUAAGCAAGUAUCGGAUCAACAACACCAACACGGUGAUUUA